CUAGAAACGCGCACUAACUAAAACGCUGAAGGUUGUCUGAAGUAGUGUGCGCAUUCUCGUGAGUCACGUAUUUCUCUGUCGCUUAUUAGUUAAUUGGUUUUAAAACCAACACUGGAAGCUAUGGUACUUAAAACAUCUACUCAGCUACUUUCAACUGGUACUGUUGUUGAAAACAUCUUUUAUUCAUCAGACGUCAUUGAACAGAGGUUACGUGUUUUGGCUGAACACAACUCAAGAUUUAAAGUCCGUGUUCCAAUAUCCUGGCGUACAAUUUCAUUUUGUUGGUCCUCAAAUCCACUCUGGCAUCAGGUUCUUUUGGUUUAAUAACGAGCGAUAAUAUCUCGUAAAUUACAAUCUUUUCGAGUUUAUUUUACUGUCAGCACAACUUUGAAGUUUGUGUUAGUAUUUCACUCUAGUUGUGAGGUUUGGUGGUAGAAAGCAACCAGUUUAUAGUUGCUAUGCGCGUGUGACCGUAGCAGUCAUGGGACAUGUCCCAGAUUUUGAAUCCAAAUAAGAUUGUGUAUGAGCUGCGCUGGAAGUGGAUUCAGUGACGUUUAGCCUAACAGGAUCAUCACCUAAAAAUUUGCUGUUAUGGGAUCUUCCUAUUUUACGAAGAGAGAUCGUAAUCCUCUCCUGUUUUUAUUUCCUUAUAUGGUCGGCGAGCGACGGGUUUUUACGAAAAUAAACUCGACCUCAUAAUUUUGUUGCCGUCCUAUAGUAUUAUCCUCUUUACUUCUUGAAUAUCAUCUUGGGUGCCAAUGUUGUUUUUUCCUCUCAAUUUACGCCCCUGAUCAGCGUUAUUUGAGGACUUUGUUGUCUAUGAGAAGCACCUUCCUGGUGUCAUACUUAUUUAUAAGUUGUAAUACAACUUAAAUACGAUUGGUUAGACACGUAAUUAAAUCCACUCUAUGUUCUUUACAUAAUAGGUCCAUCACUUUUUCCACUCAUACGCCCAUUUCUUACUUUGGUGUUACUUAUUUUCCAUUGUUUUUUGUGAUAUCACGACUCGCCCCAACUCAAACUGGUGCACUUUUGUACAGGAUUUAGUGUUGCGAUGGUUGUCUGUUACCAUCUUCGCAACUAAUCUCAUGCCUAAAAUGUGGAGAAAGCUAAAGGUAACCCCAAUAACUAGAAAAGUACCAGGCUAUACGAAUGUGAAAUUUAGACCCAUAACGAUAAUUUCACCUUUCCUCAAGUCAGUAUAAACAUUAUUGCUACUCUCACUUCAACUUGCACUAGUAAAACCCAUCGGUCUGUGUCAGUUUUCUUACAAAUGCAAAAGAAGCACCUUAGAUACUGUUGUUGUUCUGAGUCAUAAUAUAAUGUUGAGUUUAGAAAGGGGUAACAAGUACGUUCGAUGCUCUUUUCUGGACUAUACCCCUGCCUUUGACUGUAUUCCAAGACAACUACUUAACAAGUUAACCAACGUCAACACUGACAGUUUGACAGUCAAUUGGAUAUAUUCCUACUCCUCUGGAAGGAACAGUACACUGUUUGGAUGGAAGUUUGGACGUUCCUACUCUCUCAUGGGGAUGUGUCACAAAUAGCUAUUCUUUCCCUUCUGUUUUUCUUGUUUAUUCUACAUGAUCUGCCAUCUUCCACAGAAAACGUUUUUGUUAAACAUGUGGGCGGUCGUGCUGUAUGUAUGGCGAUUUAUCCCUCUUUACAUCCGCCUAAAAUGAAUGAGUUCUUGUCUCAUAUUGAGUGGUGGUCUGUUGAUAAUGGUCUCACAUUUGAUCUGUUUAAAUAUCAAACUGUUAGCCUUUGCCUGAGGCACGAAUGGCACCUAAACACCCCGUUGGAAUUCCAUUAAGUUUGUACUAUUGGAGGCUCUUUGAUAAACACUGACAUGUCAUUUAUUCUGGUGUAAAUUUUUCCUCCGAUCUCUCUUGUUGUUCUCAUGUUUUGUCAUGGAAGAAAGUUUACCGUCUAGCUUACUACAUAAAGAGGCUACAUGAUUUCGGGAUUAUUCGACAUUUGUCCUUACAAUUUUUCAAUUCUUGCAUAUUACUUAUUAUUCUUUACUGUUCUGCAUUAUUCUUUCUGGGCUUUUGAAAAAAACUACUGUAUUGCUGGGAGUACUGAAGACAGUUAGCAGGGUGUGUGGUGAGUCUUUUGAGAUUAUUAUUAUUAUGGUUGUGGAUAGACAUUCAAAAUCUUGCAAACUCCUGGCAGUUUUCAUCUUAUCAGAUGCUAACUAUCCACUUCAUUCGUAUCUUUUUUCUUGUGUUUAUUCUGGUAAAACGGGAUGUCAGUACAUCAGAAUGCAUGCACACAAGCAAAGAUGUGCUGGCUCUAAAAUACCUUAUCUAGCAAACAUGUGUGACGAACAGGCUGUUAGAGCUGAUCUAGUCAACAACUUGGAUUCUCAAAUAUGUUUCUAAUUAAAAAGUUGUACAGAUUCAAAUCACCUUAAAAACAUUUCGUUAAAUUCUGGGUAGUCUACCUACUUAACUUAUGUAUACAUGUAUGUGGUUAUCAGUCUCUUUCACUUUGCUUUCUUUUUUGUAAAAUAAACUUGUUGAAAUACCUUGUGUUGAGAAUUCUACAUUAUACCAAAAAUGUAGUAUUGAAUAAAGCCAUUGAUAAUGGUAAUAAUAAUCAGUUAACUGACAAUAAAUGGAGCUGAUAGUGAUUAACAGAGAGGAAAUGUUCAAGGACAAUAAGUUAUGUUUUUUCAGGAUACUGGAGCCUAUGUGCACCAUUGGUUUUGUGUCAGGGUUUCCCGACUCCGGUAAGUUGACUCUCCAUGUCCGCCAACACGGUUAAAGCGCCGGACAUUCGCUUUUCGUCCUCUCAAUUUCGUAAACAACACCCCCACCACGAGAAGGCAGUGAGUAGGACUUCCCUGGCAGAGGCUAUAUACGCGUGACCAUGUGAGAGCAUUUCGAGAGGGAUGGUGGACUCUCCUUACUCUCGACCGUACCAGGAAAUUUGGGGGCGGGUCGCACAAUAAAACCAAAGAACUAUAAUCGAAGGCCUAAAACAACUCUUGAUUUUUGGUUCGGGACGGCAAGUAAAUCGAUUGUUUAUUUUACUUUGAACCAAGACUAUGUUUUUAUUCUAUAUUCUUUUUUACUUUCAUUUUGGUCUGUAGUUUUUACUUUUCUUUCAUCUCAUCUAUACUUAAGUGAAAUAUGUCAGCUUGAAUCAAUGUGCUGCAAAUUCAGGCUCUGAAGUGUCUUUUUACGUACUUACGGACAAAUUAUGGUCUAUUCUUUAUUGACAGCCAUAUAAGGUAGUUGCUUAUAUGGAUCAUUGGUCGGGAAACUACAGUAAAUAGCUAUAUUUUAUCUCAAGUAACAAAUCGUUCAAUAAAGCUUCCGAGAUUUCUGUGUUAAAUUUCGGAGAAGUAGCAUUUAUAACUGAAUAACACUUCCGGAUAAUGCAAAAGACUGUCAGUGAAGCCAAAAGGAUUGGUGCAUUCUAUCACUUUGAUUCGUUUGCACAAAAUAAUCUUACGAAUAAUUUACGUUGGUUUUUUAUCCUAGACUUCGAAUCUACAUGCUUCGAAGAUGAAAGUAGAAAGCCAGCUGAAAUCAUUGAAUUUCCUGUCGUUGUAUUAGAUUCAGUUACGGGAACAUUAGUAGAUUCAUUUCAAAGUUUCGUGAAACCAACAGAAAAUCCGGAGCUAAGUGUAUUCUGUUCUGAUUUAACCAGCAUUCAACAAUGCGAUUUAGAAGAUGCUCCUACUUUGGCAGUUGUUUUGAAAAGGUUUGAGCAUUGGCUUCGAAAAACCAAAGAAACUUUAGGAUGUUCCUUUAAAGGUCAACCAGCUACAACAGCUAUAUUCGUAACGUGGACUGAAUUCGCGGCGGAAAGUAUUUCAACAAGUUUCUGUUUCUUAUUUCUUGAUCAAUCCUGACGAUAAGUAUUGAGUGACCGCCAGUUAGAUGUAAGCAGUUUCAAGAAUCAACAUCUGAAUAAUGUUCAUUCUUUCCAAUUCAUAUUGCUACCAGCCACGAUGUCUCUGAUUGUACUUUUUUGUAAGUUGUACAGCGAAAGGUCAUAAACGCUCCUGAAUAGGUUAUGUGAUUAACAAACAUCAUAAUGUGUUGAAACAAACAAACGUCAGGUAACUUAAUGAAAUAUCUAGAUGGCAGGAACAGGUAGCUCAGAUAUUCAAGCAGACCACGAGAUCAUAUCGUUCGUUGUUCUUACACUAUUCAAAUUUAUAAAUGGGUAAUAUUGUAUUCCUCCAUGUAAUAUUCAUUUUAUACUGUAAGUUAAAUGAAACGUUUAACAUUUUAUUAUUUUUUCUUCAUGAACUCAAGACUGGGACAUAAGUACAUGCUUAUGGGAUGAAUGUAGACGGAAAAAACUACCUCUGCCUGGUGAUAUGCUGAAUCGUAUCGAUUUAAAGGCAAUAUUUCAGUAUAACAUGACAAUCACCCAGUUCCGUCGAUAGUAAGCAUGUUAAUCCAGAAAUCACAGCUUUUAAACCUUGUGGACUCAUCUCAAAGCAAAUCAGUAGUGAGCAUUUGGUUAUAUUUCUUGGCUGCAAGGCUUUUUGCGGGUACUCCAUGUUGAAAAAACUCAUACUAAGACGGAACAGCUGUUCAGUACUACCUAGUUGUCUAUGUCACCACAGUUGAUAUCAUUCCCCCAAUAAGAAGUACUUAAAUAUGCAAUCUAACUUGAUUAAAAUUCCCAAUUCAUUACACUGAUCCAACCGGUGUGUAUGGAAAAGUAAAUAAAGAUACUGGAGAUAAUUUCGUUCAUUCAUGUAAACAAUUUUUACGAAGUCUGCAUACUACUUAUGAAGCCAUAUUCUUUCCAUUACAAUUAUUCGUCGUAUAGACCUAAACCAAUUUUAAGAAUCACAACCUGAAAGAUGAAAGGCAUUCGUAACGACAGUGGCUUGGUUCGCAUAAAGUUGGACGGAAAUGGCGAGGUGGUUUAAAGGAUGCACUUAAUUUAGUUGGAUUACACUUUGAAGGUCGGCCACACAGAGGAAUUGAUGAUGCCAAGAAUACAGCUCGACUACUUUUUCACCUACUUUCAAAAAAUGUUCUCAAUUUGGCGACUUCAUGAAAGAGUUCUUUUGUAGAUAACUUUACAAACACAAAUAUAUUUUUGAUACUCUGCCAAUAAUUCCUGCCAAUUACGGAGUAGUAAUUUGAUAAAGUGAAAUUUAUGAACUAAUAUUAUACGCAGAUAAACAAUCUUCUGAGAAUUUGCUGUCCGGUUUAAAAAACAUUUUCUGGAUUCAACUUGGACUUUUGGGUAAAAUAAAAUACUUACUAAUAUUUUUAUUUCAAACAAUCUUAUGAACUUAGUACUGUAUUCUGUAUUUCAUAUAAAAAUAACUGAUUUUUCCCUUCCAUUUAAAAAUUAAAAUCACAAAUAUAUGGUGAGUUUUACGAUAUUGAAUUUGUAGCGGUAUCGGUUCUCAGCCACACAAUCCUUGAGGUCGGGCAUUCGGCAAGUGAGAAUAUCUACACUAAACACUAAAGAAGUUCAAAUAUAGUGAGCACUAGAGGACAGAUCCAGGACAGGAUGGCUCGGCCAUACAGGCAAGAUUACUGUGUAACUUAGACCUUCAUAUCCUAUCCCCACUUCAAGCAUGUCCUUCAAAAAUGCUAAACAUGUUGCCGAUUGUCACGAUAAAGCAAGGUUGUAUGGACAAGAGUCUGACUUCGACGUGAGGUCUGGUAUGCUAGACAGUUACGUCAUGUCACGUCCACAAUCCCGGAACGGGAUUAUUAUUGUAGUAGC